CGAGCAAUGGCCGUGCUCCUUCUUCCGGUACCUGCCGGUGGCGUCUCGUGUCGUUUCUGGUGAGCGUUUGAGCGUUUCUAGUUCUUUCCAUGUGGAGUGAACCACUAAAAUGAGCACGAGCGACGACGUUAUCACCCUGGAGGACCCGGUUCACAAGGAGGAGGUCGCGCAUUUCCAGGCGCCUGCGAUUCAAGAUAACCCCAACGGCUGGGGACCCUGCGAGCUGCCCGACCAGUUUAAGGACAUUCCGUAUCAGCCCUUCUCCAAGGGCGACAGACUCGGCAAGAUCUCCGAUUGGACCGGUGCUGCUUUCCAGGAUAAAAAGUUUACGAACAAGUAUGCGUCGCAGUUUGGCUCAGGCAGCCAGUAUGCCUACUAUCACGACGAAGACGAAUCGACGUUCCACCUGGUGGACACAACCCGAGUGCAAAAGCCUCUGUACCAGCGUGGUCGUUUCCGGCAGAAUCAGCGUGGUAUGCGUGGACGUGGUGGUCAACGUGGAAACAUGAACCAAAUGCAGCAGCUCGGCAAGAUGAAACUGCGUGAGCGUGAAAGAAAGGGUCAAACGAAGAGGUGGGGUCGUCAGCAAGGUCUGCGGAACCACAAGAACCAGCCACCGAUAAAGAUUAGAGAUGCUUCGGUGACAGUUCGUCCAGACUGGGUGACGAUUGAAGAGAUGGACUUCCCUCGUCUAGCAAAACUCUCAUUGCCAGCAGUGAAGGAGGGCGAAGACAUCCUCUGCUGCGGCUCCUUGGAGUAUUAUGACAAGACUUACGACAGAGUGAAUGUCAAGAACGAGAAGCCACUGCAAAGAAUCGACCGCAUCUUCCACACCGUAACAACAACCGACGACCCUAUCAUCAGGAAGUUGUCGAAGAACGAAGGGAAUGUUUAUGCUACAGAUGCCAUCCUGGCCACGAUAAUGUGCUGCACUCGCAGCAACUACUCUUGGGAUAUUGUCAUCGAGAAGAUCGGUGACAAGUUGUUCCUGGAUAAGCGAGAUAAUACGGAGUUUGAUCUGUUGACUGUGAACGAGACCAGUGUCGAGCCACCGCAGGACGAUGCAAACUCUUUGAACUCUCCGAGGAACCUCGCCCUGGAGGCGACGUUUAUUAAUCAUAACUUCUCGCAACAGGUAUUGAAGUCGAACGAGCCAAGAUAUAAGUUCGAAGAGCCCAAUCCAUUCGUGCAGGAAGAGGACGAAGCAGAUGUGGCUAGUGUUGCUUAUCGAUACAGAAAGUGGGAUUUGAACGAUGGAGUGGUUCUGGUGGCUCGAUGUGAACAUGACGCAGUGAUGCAGGGACCGAAUAACGAGACGCAGUUCCUGACAAUUAAGGCGCUCAAUGAAUGGGAUUCGAAGCUGGCGAAUGGUGUCGAGUGGAGGCAGAAGCUCGACACACAGCGGGGUGCUGUGUUGGCCAACGAGCUCAGAAAUAAUGCCUGCAAGCUCGCCAAGUGGACCGUGCAAGCCUUACUCGCUGGCUCCGAUCAGCUGAAGUUUGGUUAUGUUUCCAGAGCGAUGGUUCGCGACUCCAGCAAACAUGUUAUUCUUGGCACUCAACAGUAUAAGCCGAAUGAGUUCGCUACGCAGAUCAAUCUUAACAUGGAUAACGCUUGGGGUAUCUUACGGUGCAUCAUCGACAUCUGUCUCAAGCAGAAGGAUGGGAAAUAUCUUAUCAUGAAGGAUCCAAACAAGCCGAUGAUCAGACUCUACGACAUCCCUGAUAACACCUUCGAGAGCGAAGGCGAAGAGGAUGAGGACGAUGACGAACCUGUUAACGAUGCCUUUCAGACUUAAUCGAGAAGCUUGAAUUAACCUCGCGAGUGGACUACCUGUUUACUUGUGUGUAUUGUAUCGUGUACUUGGCGCGAAACGCUAUCUUGGCUCCUCUGAGCUCUGUAUUUACGCCGGGCACGAUUUGAGGUUAGGGAGAGGAUCUUUAUGGAAAUAAAUUGCUACAUCGGAA